CGGCGAUCGACUGGUUGGCUUUCACCUCAGAAUUACCUUGCCGUACUGCCGCUGACGAAUAACGUUCAGUCGAGACCGAGCUCAUCCGCGAUACAGUUGAUUUUCGCAUCAAACAGACAAAAUGGCUGAUGUUCCAAAGCGUGAAGUUGAAAAUGUCGAAUUCGUUUUCGAAGUCAUGGGCUCCCCCGGCGAGGGCAUCGAUGCCGUCGACCUAGGUGGCCUCCGCGCCCUGAACUUGAACCCCACCUUGGCGCUGAUCGAGAAGAUGGGCGGCACCAAGAAGCGCAACGAGAAGAAGAUCAAGUUGGAUGAGUUCCUGCCCAUCUACUCACAGGUCAAGAAGGAGAAGGAGCAGGGCUGCUACGAGGACUUCAUUGAGUGCUUGAAGCUCUACGACAAGGAGGAGAACGGCACCAUGAUGCUGGCUGAGCUGCAGCACGCCCUGCUGGCGCUUGGUGAGAACCUGGAUGACGAGCAGGUUGAUCUGUUCGCCGACUGCAUGGAUCCCGAGGAUGAUGAAGGAUUUAUCCCCUACUCUCCAUUCCUCGCCAGAAUGUGUGACAGACCAGAUCAGCUAAAAUAGUUGAAAACAACAGCUUCAAACCAACUACAACAACACCAAACUUUUAGCGACAACCAUUCUCCAUAGAUGUUAUAUUCAUCGCUAACUCUCUCUAUCUCUCUCGUAUAUUAUUUUAAUUAAAAAUUACUUCUGCUACUACAACUGCAAAAUUGAACUUCAAGAUAAUAUUAUUUUUUAAAAAAUAAAAAAAUUUAAAUUAUAAAAUAACGAAAAAAAACUGAAAAAAUUGAAAGUUUUGUUAUGAAUUUUUUUUGUUGGUUCACCCAAAUAGCAAAGCAAUGAUUAAUGAUUAUUUUAUAUGAGACGUAAAUAAACCAAAUAGCAAAUAAAAUAAUGUUUAGGCAAAUUCAACAUCCGAAAGAG